GAGCGUCUCCAAGAUAUUUAACGCGGGUGUUCCGUCGCACUUGACCAACCAGAUGAAAAAGCUUGCACUGGCAACGAUUCUUGGCAUUUUCGCUUUCUUUUCGAUUUUUGUGUGCGGUCGUGGUUCGGUUAUAGAGCAAACCAAGCAGAGCAAGCAAGCAAUCAGAUAAGAGAAGUAGUAGCAGUUAGGCAAGCGCGGAGGAGCGCGCAAUGGAGGCGGAGACCGCCGAGGCGCUCCUGCCGCGGCCGGAGCCGCCGAUGUCCGCCGUGGACCACCUCGGCCGGCCGGCCUCCCAUGGCGGCUCCGGCGGGUGGCCCGCCGCGUUCUUCAUCAUCGGAGUGGAGGUCGCGGAGCGCUUCGCGUUCUGCGGCAUCAUGGGGAACCUGAUGAUCUACCUCACCGGCCCGCUCGGCCAGUCCACGGCGUCCGCCGCGGCGUCCGUCAACGCGUGGCUCGGCGCCGCCAUGCUGCUGCCGCUGCUCGGCUCCGCCGUCGCCGACUCCUGGCUCGGCCGCUACCGCACCGUCAUCUGCGCUUCCCUCCUCUACAUCCUGGGGCUAGGCAUGCUCACCCUCUCAACGGUUCUGGCGCCGGGAGGGUGCGCCGGAGAGCUGGACUCGGCUGGUUGUUCGACGAGCCGCUCCGCUCAGGUGGCACUCUUGUUCGUGUCCCUCUACGUGGUGGCGAUUGCGCAGGGCGGGCACAAGCCUUGCGUCCAGGCGUUCGGCGCCGACCAGUUCGACGAGAACGACCCUGGCGAGCUGGCCUCCAGGAGCUCCUUCUUCAACUGGUGGUACUUUGCCGCCUAUGGUGGAAACACCGUCACCCUGCCGAUCCUCAACUACGUGCAGGAGAGCGUAAGCUGGCAGCUCGGGUUCGGGAUCCCCUGCAUCACCAUGGCUCUCGCUCUCGCCGUCUUCUGGCUCGGAACCAAGACCUACCGCUUCCACCCGCUGCCGAGUGCCAAAAAAUCGCUGACGCUGUCGUCGCCGAGUAGGGAUCAUGGAGCCGCUCCUGCAUUGCUCAAGCUGUUCCCCAUAUGGGCAGCCUGCCUGAUUUACGGCGUUGUCCUGUCGCAGUGGUUCACUUUCUUCACCAAGCAGGCAAGCACGCUGGACAGGAGGAUAGGCAGCUUGGUCAUACCAGCUGCCUCCCUUCAGAACCUGGUAAACGGAUCGCUCAUGAUCUUCCUGCCGAUCUACGAGCGAGUCUUCGUCCCGCUGGCCAGGAAGCACACCAAGAACACUUCCGGCAUCACGGCGUUGCAAAGGGUCGGUGUCGGGCUGACGAUUUCGAUCGUCAUGAUGAUCGUUGCUGCUCUUGUGGAGAUGAGGAGGCUCCGGGUGGCAAGAGAACAUGGCCUGCUGGAUAGGCCGGAAGUUACAAUCCCCAUGAGUGUCCUGUGGAUGGUUCCUCAGUACAUCCUGGUCGGGUUGUCGGACGUGUUCGCGAUCGUCGGCUUGCAGGAGUUCUUCUAUGACCAAGCUCCAGAUGGUCUGCGCAGCUUGGGCCUGGCUCUCUUCCUGAGCAUAGUCGGAGCUGGGAACUUCAUCAGUGGAUUCGUUGUGUACGCCAUUGACACAGUGACCAGUAGAACCGGAGGAAGCUGGUUCUCCAACAAUCUGAACCGAGGGCAUCUCGACUACUUCUACUGCCUUCUUGCCGUGCUCAGUGCCAUGGGCUUGGCUGGUUACAUGUAUUUUGCACAGGUGUAUGUGCACAAGAAAAAAGGCAUUUUGGUAUGGUGAUGUUUUUUCCAAGUAGGAUAUGGGUUUUAUGUUGGUGGAGUUCUUUUGCCCUGUAGCUAGCGUGGAGCCGGUUGGAAUCAUCUUGUCAGCUUAGCAUUGGGUGAUUAGGAAAAUCCACACGCAACAAGGAUAAACAUAUAUUGAAA